AGCAAAGAGCAGACUCAUUUAUCAACAAUCUGUGCCUAGCUUGUAAAGCAAUCACAUUCUUACUUCCCCCUCCUAAUCCUCAUUUGAUACUGAGGAUUUUAGUGCCACUAAAUGAUCACUUUCAGAGGACGACAAGCCAAAUGGAUGACAAUGUAUCAGAGAGGAUGGCAAUUUGAGUAAAAGAACUGGGAAAGACUGAGAGUAAGACCCGACUGCUGGCUGUAGUCUGAAAUGCCCCGGUCUAAUGGAACAAGUGAUGUUUGCCAACAUUUUACAUGUCUUCCUGUUUAUCCAGCCUCUGUAUGCCAUAUGGGCCUGUUUUCGUUCUUGUCCAUCAAGCUGUGUAUGCACUCAGGAACGAAACUGUUCUGUACUAUGUGAUCGCAUUGGACUGCACGAGAUCCCUAAUGAAUUCCCAUGUGAAGCUUCUUUUAUUAACCUAGAUAAAAACAACAUCAAAUUUCUUUCUGAGCGGGCUUUUGGGACUUUGCCUUCAUUAAAAUGUCUCUCACUGAGCCACAACAACAUAUCUUUCAUCACCCCAGGGGCUUUCAAAGGGCUACCCAACCUGAUUGAGCUCAAAAUGGCUCAUAAUGAUUAUAUACGCUAUUUACACACUCGAACAUUCUCUGCUCUCAAGAAACUGGUAAAGCUGCAUUUAGCAGACUGCAAUUUGUUCAAUAUUCCAGAUCGAAUAUUUUUAGACCUUCCUUUACUGGAGGAACUUAUGCUUUUUCAGAACAAUUUCCGUAGGAUUCCAGGAACUAUCCGAGGUAUGCGCAAUUUGACUCAUGUUUAUUUAGAGAGUAACAGAAUUGAGGCUGUUGCCUAUAAUUCUCUUCAGGAAUUGCCAAAUCUUAAAUAUCUUAAUCUCCAAGACAAUAAAAUAAAUGUAAUUCAUGAUAAGUCUUUCCAAGAUUGCCAUAAGAUGGAGUAUCUGUUCCUUAAUGACAAUUUGCUGAAUGAGUUGCCAGAAAACUCCUUUAAAGGAUUAAAAAAAUUAAAAAUGCUAAAUUUGGCUGGAAACUCCAUACGGAACAUCUCAUCUUCAUGGUUUCAAGAUCUAAUUGAGCUGGAAAUCCUUUAUCUAGACAGGAAUAAAAUAAGCUAUAUUGAGGAAGGGGCUUUUGAAAAUCUCACCAGCUUAGUAGCCUUACACCUAAAUAGCAACAAUUUGACAACAUUGCCAUUUGAGGUCUUCCGACCCGUUUAUUUCAUAGGCAGAUUGUUUCUUUUUAAGAAUCCAUGGGAAUGUGACUGCAGGAUUGAAUGGUUAAGAGAUUGGAUGGAGAAUUAUAAAUUGGUUCGUGACAUUCCCUGUUCAGCUCCAACAUCUCUUGCAGGCAUUGACCUAAGCAAUGUUUUAUUUAAAAGGUCAGAAGAAGGCACCUGCCUUGACCCAAACGAACAAAAUUUUACCUAUUAUGUUGCCCUUCCUACUGAAAGGCUUCCAUCGACCAUGGAAUCAAAACUAAGCAGUCUUAUCUCAAAACUUCUCCUACCAAAAGGAAAUUAUGAAGAUUUGGGCAAUACAACAGAAGGCUUUGACAACAGCACGUUCUCGGAUGUAAAUGGAAACACAGCGUACCUGUCUUUUUCAACAUAUAUUGUUGCAUAUGUUGUGCUUGUUAUCAGUUAUACAACUGUUAUAAUUUAGGUCUUUAGUUACUAUAUUAUAUUUUCAGAAUAAGAAAUGUAAAUAAAUUGUGAUUCUAGUCCAGAAUUUAUUGAUCAUCCAAAGACAACUGUUUGAGGAAUUUUUAAAUUAACAUAUCAAACAAACUAACUUGCUGUUAAAGAGGGAAUCUACUGACUGUUUAUGAAAGUUUUAGGCCCCUUUUACACGGGCUGAUUUGUCCACCUGUCAGUUUUUUAGGCGUGGCCGAUCGGACCAUCUAUUGCUCAAUUGGAGCGUCAUGUGUCAGUUGACACCCACCGACAUCUCAUCCUGCCUGCUAAAAACAGAUAGAUGGUGAUCUGUUCUCCAUCUGUCUAGUGCAUGGGUCUUCAAACUACGGCCCUCCAGUUGUUCAGGAACUACAAUUCCCAU